AUGUCGGCGCCCCCGCAGCAGAGCUCUGCGCUGGAGGCGUUUGCAGCUCGGCGCGAGGUCAUCGCGGGGGACAUCGCCAAGCUGGAGAAGCAGAUUUACGAGCUGGAGUCUGAUUACUUCACAGCUGACUACACCAACUUUGGAAACGUGGGCUUUGGCGAGUUCCUGACCUCCAAGAGCGCGCAGGCCAAGAACAAGAACCGGCAGUUCCGGCUGGAGGACCGAGUCUUCUCCCUCUCCUCCAUCACCUCCCCGGGGACGCUCGAGGCGGCGACCACGCCGCCAGACCAGGCGGCCGCGGCGGUGUAUGGCGGCGGCGCGGCCCCCGUGCCUUUCCAGGCGCGGGGGGUGGCGCAGGCGCUGCCGCCCAAGCGGAGAUACUGA